UCCAGCAGCACCAUGAAGUCUGCCCUCGUGGUCCUUGUGGGGCUCGUCACCCUUUGUGCUGAGCUCACACGGGCAGGUUCUCUGACACCUGACUGCCCGUCAGAAGGGAAGCCAGGAUACUGCCCCCCGCCGGACCCCUAUGGACCAUGUGUGGAGGAAUGUUCUGGAGAUGAUUCAUGCCUUGAGGACAAGAAGUGCUGCAGCAACAACUGUGGCCACACUUGCCAAUCUCCGCUAAACGUAAAACCCGGCGAGUGCCCCAAGUUCAAAAUCCCUCCUGGGCUGCCAUGCAAACGGGAAUGCUGCGAGGACAACCACUGCAAAGGGACCGACAAAUGCUGCCCAAUGGGAUGUGGCAAGGUGUGCGCCCCGGCAGGUUUCGCUGAGCCCUAAAGGGCAGCAGGGCCUAGAGGAGUCCAGCUGAAGGACACAGCUUCACUGCUCGCCAAAGGUGGGGUCCCAACUCAUGAGCCCAGGAAGUUCUCCCAUCAUCAACAUCUUCAGUGUUUCUGGAACAUAUGCACCUUGACAACAGCUGCUGCGAGACUCACACAACUCUCUUACAGGGCAGGACUCUUGCUUCCUUUAGUAAACAUGCAUGGAACAAGCAACCAGAACUCUCCCCACCACUCCUAUUGACACUUGUGAAGUAGAAUUAUAAAUAAUUGUACCAUAUAAGGUUUCAACUUACUGAGCAUGCUCGGAAGGAAUGUGGCCGGUAACUGGAGGUGAAAUCUAAUCCUGCCAAUAAAAUUCUAGCAGACCA